UCAUAUUCAUGAAUUCAGCACAAAAAAAAAAAAAAAAUUCCUUCCUAACACCAGCUGAGCUGAGCCCUCCAUCUUUUUCCCAUAUAUAAAACCAAGGCUUACCAUCACAUUUCACUUCAAAAUAUAACCCCUUCAUCUGAUCAAUUCAGAGCACUAUUAUAUUCACAAUGGCCAGCAAGCCUCAUCAUGAUGCAGACAAAGAUGCUAUAUCCGAAAUCCAGGAUGGUAUUGUAUUGAAACCCAGAGGAUUUAACAUCGUAUGGGGAAAUGACAGUCGUUAUUGGCGCGUUCCUCCCCAAUCUUCGAGACCGAUCGAUAGUGAUGAAUUUGCAGAGCUGGUUCAGGUGUCGUGGCUAGAAUUAACCGGUUCAGUCCAACUAAAACCUUCAACAACUUAUCAAAUCACCUUCAAACUGAGCUUCAAAGAGGAUGCAUUCGGCUGGAAUGGGUCUCCAGUUUUCUUGAUGGCUAAGGUAGGGAAGAAAGGAAAGUACAAGUGGAAAAGGCUAAAUGAACUGGAAAUGCAGCUGCCUAAGGAACCCACUGAUAUUCCAGCCAACGAUGACCCAUUUGUCGUCGACGUUCCGGGUAAUCAGCCCGACACCAUGCUUUUUUUUGGUCUGUAUGAAGUGUGGGGUGGCAAAUGGAAGGGUGGUUUGAGAGUUCACGGAGCAAUUGUCAAACAAUUAGUAAAGUGAAACAAGAUAGCGGCGGAUCAACCAAUUGAACUUGCUACCAAUCCAACCAUUAAUUUCUUGCUGUUUCAGUAUAUUUAGGUGUGCAAUGCUUUUAGUUUGUGUUUACGUUGGACGGUAAUACGAAUAAAUGGGACUAAUCAGUAAUGUAAGUUUUCAGAGGAAUAAUUAUAAUAAUGGCCACAUCUCCAUUUUGGGGUGUGGCAUUUGAUUUGAUA